CCAGCGCCAUUAGCACACCUGCGUAUUGGCGCCUGGCGCGUACUUGUUCCAUCUGUAUCAAUUGCGUGAAGUACGGAUUUCAUUUCGAAUUCAAACAAAAGGAAUUGGUGACAAUGACGCUUGAAGAUUCGUGGGAGGCGAUUAAGCAGGCAGCCGAGAAAAACAGGCACGAGUUGGUGCUGUCGGGCCCGUCAGUGUCCAAACUGAUCGAAACGUCCGGCCUGGACGAGAAUCUAUUUAACCUCCACAACCUGAAUUAUCUCAAUGUAACACGCACAUGUCUUAAGGAGAUGCCACCCGACAUUGCGAAAUUGAUGAAUCUUACAACUCUGGUACUGCAUUCGAACGAGCUUGCCGAAUUGCCGAGCGAAAUCGCCAAAUUACCGAAGCUGAAGAUGCUCGAUUGCUCGAGGAACAAGUUAACCUGUUUGCCGCAGGAACUCGGCAACCAUCCCGAACUGAACACAUUGAACCUCGCCUCGAAUUUUCUGCGGGAGAUACCGUCGCUGAACUCGUGCAUAAAACUUAGCGUCCUAGACUUGUCGAACAAUCGCCUCGAGAGCUUUCCCGACAUUUGUCACGCGGAACUCACGCAUCUGUCGGAGAUUCAUGUCAACGGGAAUCAGAUAACAGAAAUACCGUUUACUAUCAACCUCCUGCAGGGGUUGAAGGUCUUAAACGUGGGAGACAACUCGAUUCCUGUUGUACCGAGUGAAUUAGCAGAUUGUAGUAAGUUGAAGGAAGUAUGUCUGAAAGGAAAUAAGUUAUUGGAUAAGAGGCUAACGAAAUUGAUUAAUCAAUGUUCCACGAAGCAAGUACUUGACUAUAUCAAGUUACAUUGUCCAAGAAGCGAAUUAUCCACAACAGAAGCUAAUAAAUCAAAAAAAGGAAAGAAGAACCAGAAGGUAUCCGAAAGUGAAAACUUGGUGGAUGAUUUGACACAUAAAUUAAAAGUCCUGAAGAUAGCAGACGACACGCCAGUAAUAAGAGUUACAGAACAUGUAAAGAAUAUCAGACCUUAUAUAGCUGCAUGUAUUGUGAAAAAUAUAGGCUUCACAGAGGACAGCUUUAAAAAAUUCAUUCAGCUGCAGACAAGAUUACACGAUGGAAUAUGUGAAAAAAGAAAUGCUGCUACAAUAGCAACUCACGAUUUGAAACUUAUAGCACCUGGUGAUCUCACAUAUACAGCAAAGUUACCCAUGGAAUUAGAAAUAAAACCAUUAUCGCGCAACAAGAUGUAUACAGGAGCGGAGUUAUUCCAGAAGUUGCAAGCAGAAGCUGAGCAUUUACGUAAAGAAAAGAAGCGAAAUGUGUAUUCUGGAAUACACAAGUAUUUAUAUUUGUUGGAAGGCAAAUCUUUAUUUCCAUGUCUGGUGGAUCAAUCGCAACAGGUUAUUUCAUUUCCACCAAUCACAAACAGUGAUAUAACGAAAAUGUCUCCGUCUACUCAAGCAAUGCUUGUGGAAGUAACAAGUGCUACAUCAUUCACAGUUUGCAGAAAUGUUUUGGACGAAUUUUUGAAAGAGUUGAUAGUCUCAGGUGUCACCGAUUCCACAGAACUGAAGGAUACAGACGACAAACUUAACAAUUUAAUUGUUCAACAAAUCAGAGUAGUCGAUACCCAAGGAAAUCUAAAGAUAAUAUAUCCUUCAAGAUCAGAUUUAAAUUUUAACGAAAAACUCAUUGGUGUAUUACGAGAAUAGGAAGAAUAACGUAAAAAA